AUGGAGGGCAAUACAGCACCCUCUGGCAAAGUGGUCUCUGUGGCUGCUGGUGAAGCUCACACCCUUGUUCUCACAGGAGAUGGGUUUGUGUAUUCAUGGGGUAGAGGAAUGUUUGGGCGACUUGGGACUGGUUCAGAAGUGGAUGAGCUUUUUCCGGUAAAACUAAAGUUUGAAACUUGUGAAGAAAAAAUAAUCAAGUUUGUAGGGGUUGCUGCUGGAGCUUAUCAUAGUCUUGCUCUUGCAGAUAAUGGAUCAGUCUGUCAUAUGGAUGGCCAACUGGGUGUGAGUGGAGAGAAUUAUUCAAUGCCACACUUGAUGGAGCAGUUCCUUGAGUUGGGCUCUCCAGUUUCAUUGAUAGAUCAGUCAGAAUCAAAGAGUAAAGGACCACUAAAGAUUUGCUCUAUCAAAGCUGGAGGAAUGAUGUCUCUGGCAAUUGAUGAUCAUGGAGCCCUUUGGAUGUGGGGCUAUUGCCCUCAGCGAAGCAACAUAAAUGAAAGUAGCUUAUCAUUUGAGAGUAGUUUCACCCCAAUUCCUGUUCGUGAUUUCCAUGGCCACACUGUUGUGAAGGUGGCAUGUGGAAGUGAACAUGUUGUAGCCCUGGUUAGUGCUGGAGAAACAUAUAAAGGUGAGGAUCUAGUAUGCUACUCUUGGGGUAGUAAUAGCCAUGGCCAGUUGGGUCUGGGAGAUAGAGAGAGCAGAGUCCAUCCUGAGAUUGUUGAAAUGUUUAACCAGGACUCUUCUUGGGAUGUUUAUGAGGUAGUAUGUGGAGCAUAUCACACAGCUUUACUCUCUCGUAAAAAGAGACCAAAUGACACAUUUGAAAGUGUGUGUUGGACAUUUGGCCUUGGGGAUAAUGGGCAGCUUGGGCAUGGAACUACCCAAAGCGUGCUAAAACCUGAGCCUGUAAAAGAAUUGCCACAAGUCUGCCUGAUCUCUGUUGACUGUGGUUUAUUUCACACUAGUGUUGUUUCAUCAGUGGGAGAUGUUUGGUCAUGGGGAAUGGAAAAGGGUCUUGGCCUAUGCCCAGAUGCUAGUUUUACCGGAACAGAUGCUGGGGAUGCUUCUUCUCCCCGACUGAUGUCAGGCUAUGGAGUGGAUGGGCCUAUAUUUCGCAAUCCAAUUCAAGUUGCUUGUGGCGCUGCCCACACUGUCCUUGUUGCUAAUGAUGGGUAUAAGCUUUGGUCUUGGGGCAGAGGCAGAAGUGGUGUCCUUGGAAAUGGUAAGACGAUGGAUUGUUUCACUCCCAGUGCUGUAUUAUGGCCUCCACUAACAGAGGAUUUCAAGCAACCAGAAUCGAACACUGUUAGUGAGGAGAAUAAUGGUUCCAAAGGAGUUGAAGAAACAAACAAAAGGUUGUCUUUGGCAAUGGAAGAGAUAAAGCUCCUCCAGUCAAAACUUUCUAUAAUGGAACAAUAUGCUGGCGUGCUUCAUGGAUUGGUUUUUGGCAGACCUUUCACUUACCAAGAUGUCCCAAUCUCAUUGCAGAACUCGGGUAAUUUUGACAUCGCAAAAGAAUGGGAGAGCAUAUUAGAAUCGGCAGAUCACAGUAAGCUUGUUAGAUUGGAAUUGUUCUACCGAGACUUGCGGGCAAGUGUCAAAGACAAGAUAAUGAAGAGAAGAAUUCAGGAGAUAGUAAAGGAGUGUCUGCCUUCUUCAAGUACAGCAAAGUAG